CCCAGCUCAUCGCUGGCCACGUGGGCAACAAGGGCACGCCGCCCCCCCGCGCCUGGUUCCUGCCCCCCGCCUGCCUGGGGCACUGCGUCCGCCUGGCCAUGAUCCGCUUCCGGGUCAAGGUCUUCCAGAGCCUGGAGGACCAUCACCUGGAGGUGGUGUCCUUCUUCCGGGAGCGCGGCUUCCACGGGCUGCUGGCCCACGACUCGGAGUUCGCCCUGGCCAGCCUGCCUUGCUACUUCAGCGCCCACGCCCUGAAGCUGAGCUGGAACGGCAAGAGCCUCACCACCAAUCAGUUCCUCAUGCACCAGGUGGCCAAGCAGCUGGGCCUGAAGGUCUCCAGCUUCCCCGUCUUCGCCGCCCUGCUGGGUAACCACAUCCUCCCGGACGAGGACCUGGCUGCUUUCCACUGGAGCCUGCUGGGGCCAGACCACCCGCUGGCAUCGCUCAAGGUCCGAGCCCACCAGCUGGUGCUGCCCCCCUGCGAUGUGGUGAUCAAGGCCGUCUCGGAGUACGUCAGCGCCAUCAAAGACCCCUGCGACCUGGAUGCCGUGGGGAGAGACGUCUUCAAACACUCUCAGUCCAGGACGGAGGAUAAGAUUGAGCGUUUCAAGAAAGCCGUGAACUAUUAUUCGGUGACUGCCAAGAUGCCCCCAGCUCCUGUGGGCCUGUCCUCGUUUGUACUGCCAGGCUAUGGAUCCAACCACUUCGGAGGAGCAGCCCCUGCGCAGCGCAGCCCGGUGGGAUCCCUCCCCAUGGGGAAGCCUAUGUUCCCACCCCACCUGGGGCCAAAGAUGCAGUACCAGCCGCCAGCCCCGCCCUCUUCCUCGGCCGCCUCCUUCCCUCCGGGCCCCAGUGCCAGCCUCCUCUUCUCCCCCCACCCGCUCGGAGACGUGCCCCCCUUUCACGAGGACCCCGUCCUGAAGGGCGGCGACUUCAACAGCUGGUCCGGCACCUACAACGCCCAAUUCCCCCACCACCACCGGGGCCCCAAGCCCUCCCCUUCCUCUGGGCCGGCCUCCUCCCCCUCCUCCUCCUCCGACGGCGAAGAGCACAACGGGGGCAGUGCCAACCACGUCUCUGAAGUGCUGCAGCCAAAGUCUGGCUGGGAGGGGCCCAGUGCCGAGAAGCUGAGACAGGGCUGGGGACAGGCCGGGGGCUCCGGCGACACCGACGGGCCCCUGGCUGGGCCCGAGCCCUCCAUCCCCUCGCUGCUUUCCAUGGCCACCCGCAACCACAUGGACAUAACCACCCCCCCGCUGCCCCCCGUCGCCCCCGAGGUCCUGCGGGUGGCUGAGCACCGGCACCGACGCGGCCUCAUGUACCCCUCCAUCUACCAUGUUCUUACCAAGGGCGAGAUCAAGCUCCCCGUGUGCAUCGAGGACGAGUGUAACACUGAGUUGCCUCCAGCCGCUGUCCUCUUCCGCGGCGCCCGCCAGCAUGUCUACGGGGUGCUGUUCGGCGUGGCCGAGAACCAGCGCCGGGUGGAGCGCCUGGCCAUCCGCCGCCGCAUCCCCACGGAAGUGCCCCCUGUGAUCAUCAAGGAGUGGGCGGCGUACAAGGGGAAGUCCCCGCAGACGCCGGAGCUGGUCUCGGCCCUGGCCUUCCGCGAGUGGACCUGCCCCAACCUGCGGAAGCUGUGGCUGGGGAAGGCGGUGGAGGACAAGAACCGGCGCAUGAGGGCCUUCCUGGCCUGCCUGCGGGCCGACACGCCCGGCAUGCUGAACCCGGCCAACGUGCCCACGCACCUGCUGCUGAUGUGCUGUGUGCUGCGUUACAUGAUGCAUUGGCCCGGAGGGAGGACCCUUCAUAGGCAUGAGCUGGACGUGUUCCUGGCUCAGGCGGUUUCCUCUCAGCUCUACGAGCCGGAUCAGCUGCAGGAGCUGAAGAUCGAGAAGCUGGAUGCCCGGGGCGUACAGCUGGCAGCCCUCUUCAUGAGUGGAGUAGAUACGGCUCUGUUUGCCAACGAUGCCUGCGGGCAGCCGGUGCCCUGGGAACACUGCUGCCCCUGGAUCUACUUCGAUGGCAAACUCUUCCAGAGCAAGCUCAUCAAAGCCACCCGCGACAGGGCCCCCCUCAUUGACCUGUGUGACGGGCAGAUGGAGCAGGCGGCCAAAGUGGAGAGGAUGAGACAGAGCAUCCUGGAGGGCGUGAACUUCAACCGCCAGGCCCCGCCCCCUCUGCUCCCGCCUCCUCCCUUUGUGCCUGCCAUGGCCGCGCCCUUCUAUUCGAUGCCCCUCUACCCCCGCACCACGGGCUCUGUCCUGCCACCAACUCCUGGGAGGAGCAGAGGGUUCACAGGUCUCCACCCCAUCCCGCCUCAGGGGGGCAAGCUGGAGAUCGCCGGCAUGGUUGUCGGCCAGUGGGCGGGCAGUAAGCCCUCGCGGGGGCGGGGCUCCUUUGGGAUGCAGGUGGUGUCUGUCGGGGGGCCAGGGAAGGGGUAA